AUGAUUGAGGCAAAAACUCAGUGUCUGCCGAUCACGAUUUCUUUGUACGUUCUUCACUACGGUACGGUUUUUCUUCUCAAAAAAUCGACUGUUGUAAUAAACCUGAGACACAAACCAGAGCUUGUAUUUGCACUUCUUUAUCGACAUUUAUCUGAAUUCACUCAGUCUAUGGGCGUUUUUAAUGGACAAACUUUUGGUUUGUGCGCCUUUUUCGGGACGAUUACCUCCUCCUCUGCUCUAGUUUCAGUCCUAACCGUUCGAAAGACAAGAAAUGCCACCAAUGUUGUGGCAAACGAUUUAUUUGCCUUUUCAAAACGACGUCCACGUCUUAUCUAACCCUUUUUCGGCGUGUCCCGAUGACUCAAGCGCAAAUAUUCCGCCAUGAUGCGAAGCCCACGACUUUCCUCUGACUGUCCUCUGGCGUCUUCUUUUUGUUUUCUUUUGAUUUUCUUUUCCUUCAAAACUUUCUCAUUCCAACUUUGAUUCCUGCUCCAAUCGUUCAUGUACUUUCUUCCUACUUCUACAGUAUACAUUUUACUGGCAAACGAGUUUCAACCACCUGAGAACAAGGCGUUUGUUGAUUUUUGCUAUUACAAUUCUCACUUCUAUAACUAAAAAAAUUGUUUUUUAUUUCUUUUGUUCAAAUGUAACUUGUUUAAAGAACAAAACGCAAGCGAACGAUUAGCGUUUCCAAGGCAGCCAUACUCAUUAAUUGCUGUUUCCAAGGAUUUUUCGUCUUUUACCAUGCAUGGAAGAAUUCCGAAAGUUCCAUUCUUGGGAAAAGUUUCUUUCAAACUUAAUCUUUCGCUCUCCAAGUUUGGACGGUCAUGCCUACAACGAAGGAGUCAAAAACUUCGCGUUCUCGAAAAAGGAAACCAAAAAAGAGUUCUAAAUCAAGCAGAACGGAUUCUUCCAACUCUAAAAAAACUAUCAAGUCCUCAAAAAUUAAAUCGAAAAACCGACGCAAGACUGAAGCCAGAGGAAGAAAAGAAACAAGAACGAAAAGAACAAAAGGUUGGUUUGGUUGUAAAUAACAUCAUUCUCAUUGAAGUCAGUUGUGUUUUCUGUAUUUUAUGUAUAUAUUUCAUUUCAGUUAAAGCUCCAUUGCUUCCUAUUGAAAUUCAAUUGGGAUUGUGAAAAUAUAUGAAUUCUUUUUUUUGAUAUCCGGCCAACUACUAUCCAUUCUCUUUUUUUUCGCCACAUAAGGCCGCGACUUGCCAAUUUAGGGCUUCUCUUCCAAAUUCCUUUCAAGGCAACUUUUUUUUUGUUUUUGAAGGGAAUUAGUACUAUUUCGAAUCAUGCUGAACAGUUAGAUAAACACAUUUUUGCGCGUUUUUCCUAAGCCAAUUCAAUUUAAUAAUGAACAAGCAACACAUGUAUUUUUCAUUCAUAGUAAAAUUCAGAAAAAAGAUAACAUAAGUUUUUUUUUUCAAUCUAUUCUAUUCUGUAAACAUUUCUCAAUUUGGUGGUGAAAAUAAAUCAAAGGUUGUUUGCUGAAGAUUUUGGGUUUUCAAUUGCUUCUGAAACGACUAGGAUGAGCCGAUCCGAACAGAAUUCCAUGAAGCGGCACGACCUCGCUGUUACGGCGCAAUGAGUGGGGUAAUCUGAGCGAAAAUGCAAAUUUCCCUCGAUUUUCAGUCCAUUCGCUCUCAAAGUUCUAUCGAAACUCGCGACGGAUCUUUUAGCUUUUCUGAUCGACAAAGAGUGACGAUUGUUUGGAAAAUGAGCCUAAUCUAUUGAGCCAACUUUGAAUUGCUGUUUUUUGUGAGCUUCUAUAAUUAGGAAAAAAUGAAUAAUUUUACUUUACUUCCAAAAUUUUACUUCUUGAUUUUUCCCACUAAUUUCUGCUGCCUUCGUCCGGUUGAAAUUGUUGAAAGAAGAGAAACCAAUUAGCCAAUUAACCGAUCCGCUAGACUCUCGAAACAUUCAGCUGUGACUCAAACUCCCAUGACACAUUGCCCACGUAACUCUCUCUCUUUCUCUUUUUGAUCGAUUCCUUUCUUAUCAUUUUAACUUGUGAUUGUUGCUUCUUGCACAAGUCGUACUUUACAACAGACGUUCAGUUGCAGCCUCGGUGGUGCCGAGAAACGGCUUCGAGGCCAGUCCCGCAGCACAAGAACCACCGGUUAAGCCGUCUGGUGAGUCUGGAACAAGAUUUGAAAAGAAAAAAAGUGAUGUGGGGAAGUUUUUUCUUGGAAAACUUAUUUCAAAAAAUGUUCAUUUUGCAGACGUUUUUUCAGUCGCAUCUAGAUUUGCAUACCAUCAAUUUUAAUCUGAAGAAAAAAAUUCACCUGACUCAAAGGAAGAUUUUAUUUGCACACGGUUGAUUCAUCAAAGAAGUCAGUGUAGUAAUCACGGAAAGUUUAUCAAACGAUAGACCGUCUUUUUGCGUUAGAAACAAGGUCAAAACUGUGCUUUUAUCUGUUUUGUCCCUGGUGACGUUCGAAACAUACACAGUUUUGCAAUUUGAUUGAAUAUCUCUCCGUUGGAUGAUUAAUAUUCAUUUUUAAUUGGUGUCUGCUCCCUCUUUUCUCUGAAAGACAAGUCCCGUUUUUCGGCGCUACUUUUCAGUUUUCCGGUAAGGGAAAGAGCGUGCAGAAAGACCAGAUUCUUUCAACUCAUGUAUUAGUUCAAAAGAGUAUCAACCAAAAUAAACGAUCGCUCGUCUUUUUCAGCCGAAGAGAAGCCAGAGGCGAAUCAGAAAAGGUCGGGCAUGCGGUGGCUUCCGUGCUUCUCCAGCAAAGACGACGACACGCCUCGGCAGCCGGUGGAACGUCGUCUCCGCGCCAACAACCGCGACUACAACGCCAGGUUCAAAUAUGCGGUAAGCCCCGAUUUGCCCUCGCUUUGAUGUUUCCGCGACUUCAGGACAACUACAUCAAGACCUCCAAGUACAACCUGAUAACUUUCUUGCCGCAGAACCUUUUUGAACAGUUCCAGCGGAUAGCUAACUUUUAUUUUCUAGUUCUUAUGUGUCUACAGGUAAGGAAAACGUCUCUCGCUCCAAUUAGUUUGCCUUUCCAGUUUGUGCCUCAAAUUUCUUCAAUCUCGUGGUAUUCGACGGCGAUUCCGCUGGUAAUCGUUUUAGCCUUCAGCGCCAUCAAAGACGGGUAUGAUGACGUGGUGAGUUAUUUCAAAACCUCGAAGAAACUGAAUGACGACCUUUGAAGCAACGCCACAUUUCUGACCGGAGUGUAAACGGGCGAAAGUCGUUUGUGGUCCGAGAUGGAAACCUUAACGACGAAGAUUGGAGCCACGUCAAAGUCGGUGACGUCAUCCGCAUGAUGAGCAAUCAAUUUGUGGCGGUUUGUUUUUCUCGGCCUCAUUUUGUACGGAAAAUCGUUUGCUUAUUUUCUCUGAACUUCUGUUUGGGAUAUUCAAAAAAACUCAGUUAAAAAAAAUUUAAACCAUAAGUUUGUAGGCGGAUCUGUUGUUGCUGUCGACCUCGGAGCCACAUGGAAUCUGCUACAUCGAGACGAUGGAACUCGACGGAGAGACGAAUCUGAAGACGCGAGGUGCCAUGGCCGACACCGCCGAAAUGGGAGACGACCUCGAUGCCAUCUCCAAAUUCGACGGUACCUAUCCUUCCCGAGUAUCGGUAGUUAUUGCAAUUUGCAGGCGAAGUUGUCUGUGAACCUCCGAACAACAAGUUGGACAAGUUCCAAGGAAAACUCAUCUGGAAUCGCCGCGAAUAUCCCAUCACCAACGACAACAUUCUUCUCCGAGGCUGCAUUUUGAAGAACACUCGAUGGUAAACUUCAUAACAAUUUGUUUUUUUUUUCUAAAAAGACGUUUGAGGUGUUACGGGCUGGUGGUUUUUGCUGGCAAGGACACAAAGCUGAUGAUGAACAGUGGCAAGUCCAAGUUCAAGCGGACGUCUUUGGAUCGUUUUCUCAACAUUCUCAUCAUGGGGGUAGCCUCUCUUGCAGUUUUCGACAAGAAAAGCCUUAUUUUUAGAUUGUUCUGUUCCUGGUGGCGAUGUGCCUCAUCUGCACAAUUCUCUGCGGAGUGUGGGAAUGGACGACCGGCCGAUACUUCACCAUCUACUUGCCAUGGGACAACAUCGUUCCCAGUCCCGAAGAACAAGGUCACAGUUCUCCUUGAUUCAUUGACUCUUUCUAUAUAGGCUAAAAAGAUAACGAGAUAAGUUCAUAAAUGUUUCUAAAUGAUUUUUUUUUGAAGGCUCCCGACAAAUCGCCGUGAUUUCUUUCCUGAUGUUCUUUUCCUACGUCAUCUUGCUCAAUACUGUAGUGCCUAUAUCAUUAUAUGUCAGGUGAGGAAUUCUCACUCACAAAAAUAUAAAAAUGUUCGUUUCCCAGUGUGGAGAUCAUCAGAUUUAUCCACUCAAUGUGGAUAAACUACGACCAGAAGAUGUUCUACGAGCACGGAGAGAAAAGUGUGGCCGCGAAAGCGCACACGACGACAUUGAAUGAAGAAUUGGGACAGGUUCAGUACGUCUUUAGCGACAAAACUGGAACUCUCACGCAGAACAUCAUGACUUUCAACAAGGUCCGUCAUGAAACUACAUCGAAAAAACAAGAUUCAGUUUCAGUGCACGAUCAACGGCAUUUCUUACGGCGAUGUCUACGACGCCCAUGGCAACCCGAUAGAAGUCACAGACGUGAGCUUUCGAAGACUUCAAGAGAAGCUCGGCGACUAGAAAGCCUUUUUAUCCAAAUCAAAAAAACUAAUUUUUUCGUAGACGAUGAUUGAAGGCGAAAAAAAGACGAUUCUGAAAGAGCGGAGACGAAGGCGUUGCACUGAGCGGUGUCCUCGUUCUUCAUUUCUGCUUCCGCUUAGUAAUUCUUCACGUCGUUGGCGAGUUCAAAGAACGGAUCGGUGCAGUGAGACAAAGGGGCUGCCUUGGCAGAGGGAUUUGAGCGGUCCAAAGAGCUUCUUGAGAACGUCGGUGGUCUGGUCGAGCGUCAGGCGGGGGUAGUUCUUCGGCAAGUUGGGCUUGCAAUAACCCUUCUUCUCUAGCUUGUUGACGAUGAGGUUGCGCUUGGAGUCGUUCAGCGAUUUGCUUCGUUGAUCGUCACUCCAUGUCGCUAUUACAAAAUUUUAGAAAACAUUUUUUAAACUUUUCAACUUUUCAUGACGCCGUGUUUAAAGAAAUUUCCGCGAAAGGCGAAAUUUAUCUCUGACUCUCCAAAUUCAGUUAACUUUUUUCCUCUCUGAUGCAAAUUUUGAAUUUCGCGGAAAUUACUUCGAACAAGGCAUAAACUUUUCUAUAUUUUCAGCUUUGCAUAUGCUUCGAGAAAUGAGGGUUUAUUCUUUUGAAUUUCAAGUUUUGAGCAAGAAUACUGCACUAAAACAUUUUUGAAGUAGGGAAUGUGUUUCUCAUUUUCCGGAUUGGAUUUCAGAGGUCGGAGCCAUUGGACUUCUCUUGGAACUCGAGCAGCGAGUCGAACUUCAAGUUCUACGACAGCCAGCUGCUUAACGCGACAAGAUCCAAAAAACCCGAGGUGGACGAGUUUUGGCGUCUGCUGGCGCUCUGUCACACAGUCAUGCCGGAGAGGGACAAGGGCCAGCUCGUCUACCAGGCCCAGUCUCCAGACGAAGCCGCCCUCACCUCGGCCGCCAGGAAUUUCGGCUACGUCUUUCGAGCUCGAACGCCCCAGUCUAUCACUAUCGAAGUGAUGGGCAAAGAAGAGGUUUUUUUUUCUGGAAAAAACAUUUCAUUUCAACAAUAUUGUUCAAGGUUUAUCAACUUCUGUGUAUUCUGGACUUCAACAACGAACGAAAAAGAAUGUCAGUAGUUACGAAAAACUCGGAAGGCAAAAUCAGACUCUAUUGUAAGGGCGCUGACAUGAUGAUCAUGCAAAGGUAGUUUUUUUUUUCCUUUCUAUCUUGGAAAACUUGGCUUUGCAGACUGAAGUCGUCGACCUCUCCACUGCUGCGAGAUUCCACCACGACGCAUCUUUCCGAGUACGCCAACAUCGGUCUCCGAACCCUGUGUCUCGCCUACAAAGACAUCGAUCCUCAAUACUUCGAUCAGUGGCUUGUGUGUUUCCAAAUCCCAUUUCCUUCCCUCAAUCUUCGCAUAUUUCCUAAUAUCUUUAAGAAAUAGAUUUUCUGUUGGAACAUUUUUCUCAAGGCAUUAUUCAGCAACGACAACAAGACGCAGCAGUGGCAAUGGAGCGACGCGAGGAAAAGUUAGACGCCAUUUACGAAGAAAUUGAAAAAGGUGCAAUUUUCUGAAGUUCUUUCCAUAAAAUGUUCUUUUCUCAGAUAUGACUUUGAUUGGAGCGACCGCUAUUGAAGACAAACUGCAGGACGGCGUUCCAGAAGCGAUAGCGAGACUAGCCGAAGCGAACAUCAAGAUUUGGGUGUUGACUGGCGACAAAACGGUUAGCUUCUCACAAAGUUCGAUUGCGUAACGACGAUGAAUCGAUACUAAAUUGCCGGGUUUGAGGGCGAAUGACAUUUUUCCUGCUUCGAUAAUUUGAGAAGUACUUCCAAUAAAACGUUUAAAAAAAAGUGGUGAGGCGACUUCUAUUUCGAAAUCCAAAAAUUGAGUUUCCAUGGAAGUAAUGUUAGUUUGGUAAAGAUCUAAAAAGAUGUGACAUGAGGAUUUAUUGGUUUGAAACACGUUUAAUUUAUAAAGGGAGUCCUAUCAAAAGAACUUUCAGGAAACUGCCAUCAACAUUGCUUAUUCCUGCCGGCUACUCACAGAUGACAUGAAGGAAAUCGUAGUGGUGGACGGUCAGACGGAGCCGGAAGUCGAGGUGCAGCUCAAGGACACGCGCAACACCUUCGAGGGACUCCUCAGAUCGGUGCGUUUCCAGCUUCACGAGGCUUUCUACUGUCGCACAGCUCCUCACUUUCCUAUUCACUUUUCUUUGCCGGCACAGACACGACCGCGGCCGUGUCGCCAAAACAGCGAGGUCUCCUCCUACAUCAACGAAAUCAUCGCGCUUCUGGAGGAAAAGGAGAAAAAGGCGCGAGAGGUCCCGCAUCCACGCUUUCCUCGUUGCCUUCGUUCUUAAGCAUGCCUCGAGUCUUGUUUCCUUUCCUUUGUGUCUUGAAUCGCUUGCUUGUGCUUCAUUCCGACAACAUUCCUUCCCCAAGCAAAACAAUCUUUUUCCAGCCAACGCCCAGCGGCAAGCCUCGGGUCGAAAUAGAAACGAUCCAUGACGAUUAUCCAGAGAACACUGUAGCCAGUUAUGACCGUAUGUCAGUACUCAAAAAGUGAGAUUUAUGGAAGAUUAAGAUACGCCGAUUGCGUUCAACGACCAUCAGAACGAGCAAAUGGACUUGAGUGCAUCAGGAGGCGGCGUCGCCCUCGUGAUAAACGGAGACUCUUUGGCUUUCGCUCUGGGACCAAGACUUGAGAGAACAUUUCUUGAGGUGGCCUGCAUGUGCGUGGUCAGUCGGUUCAUGGUUGUUUUGGAGAUCAUUUUCCUCUUCAGGCAGUUAUCUGCUGUCGUGUGACGCCUCUUCAGAAGGCCCAAGUUGUUGAUUUGGUAAAAAGAAACAAAAAGGCAGUCACCCUCUCGAUUGGCGACGGAGCCAACGACGUCAGCAUGAUCAAGACUGCUCAUAUCGGGGUUGGAAUAUCAGGUUUUUGAUGAGUUCAGGGACUCCUCAAGCUCAUUAUUUUCAGGACAAGAAGGAAUGCAGGCGGUUCUGGCCUCAGACUACUCCUUGGGACAGUUCCGCUACCUCGAACGACUACUUCUGGUGCACGGUCGAUGGUCCUACAUCAGGAUGGCGAAGUUCUUGCGCUACUUUUUCUACAAGAACUUCGCCUUCACGCUCACCCACUUCUGGUAUUCGUUCUUCUGCGGCUACUCAGCACAGGUCGGCAUUCUGUUUUUCUUUUUCCAUUCUCUAAUUAUCAUUUACAGACUGUUUUCGACGCUGUUUUCAUCGCCUGUUACAAUCUUUUCUUCACCGCUCUGCCGGUUCUCGCAAUGGGAGCACUAGACCAGGAUGUCGACGACAACUACAGUUUGAGGUCGGUUCGGCCGAGAACUUUAUCAAGUCAUUCUUUUCAGGUAUCCAAAACUCUACCUGCCCGGACAGUUCAAUCUUUUCUUCAACAUGCGAAUUUUCAUCUAUUCCGUCCUACAUGGAAUGUUCAGGUUGACGAAAAGAGAGAAAUAGGCUAAUCGGCCUUCUUCAGCUCUAUCGUCAUCUUCUUCAUACCUUACGGAGCCUUCUAUGACGCGGCCAGCGCUUCGGGCAAAGACCUCGACGACUACGCCUCCUUGGCCUACACCACCUUCACGGCGCUCAUAGUCGUCGUCACCGGACAGGUUAUUGUGCAACUCAAAGAAAAAUUUCGAGAAUUUCAUCUUUAGAUUGCAUUCGACACUUCGUACUGGACGGCGAUCAGCCAUUUUGUCAUUUGGGGCAGUCUGAUCUUCUACUUCCUGUUGGCUUUCCUGAUCUACGAAGCCCUUCCGGCGAGCUUUGUUGCCAAGACUUCCUCCUCCAUUUCUUACGGCGUCGCCUUCAAAACGAUGGCCACGCCGCAUUUUUGGUUUUCCAUCCUGAUGGUAUGGCUCAAAAGGAAAAACGUCGAAAAUUGGUCAUUUUUCAGGUUUCUGUGGUUCUGCUCUUGCCAGUUAUGUUGAACAGAUUCUUCUGGUUCGACACGCAUCCAUCUUUCGCGGACCGUCUCCGAGUUAGGCGGAAAAAUGGGCAAGACGGUCUCGGCCAAAGAUGAGAAAAAGUCAUUUUCAAUCUUUAUCUGAUUGGUUUCUGAACUAAAUCUUUCCAGACCGAUGUUCAAAAGAACGGCGGCAACUCGACGGAGCAUGCGCGGCUCUUUGCGUUCUGGCUACGCUUUCUCGCAUUCGCAAGGAUUCGGAGAACUCAUUCUCAAAGGAAAGCUCUUCAAGAACGUCGACAACCUCCGUGGGCGUAGCGCUCCUGGGUCAGUUCAGCAAAUCAUUUAUUUUGUUGUUUUAGUCAGAUAUAAACGACUAGGCGGUCAACAAAACCUUUAAAAGCUAUAACGAACAACCACCUUUGGCGAACUAGAAGUCCUAGCGUGAAGUCGAAAGAGUUGAAAGCAUGUUCUUACGGUCAUUCGCCUCAUCCUUCUGCGCGUAGUCCAUUUAAUUGCGCCUUGACGAGCUAGAAUGUAGCGGAUGUUGGAGCUGGAGCUCGGAGACUGUCCUCUAGGUGGUAGUCUCGAAAUGAGAGCGACCACUUUGAGUGAAGAUUUUACUCGGAAUCAGUUGGUCGAAAUUCCUUUCAAUUUGAUACUUUUGAGGAAAAUCUACAUUUAUUCUUGUAAAGUUUUCAUUAAAUUUUCUCUAUUUUUUUAGGUUUUUAUAUGUUCGGUUUUAUACUAAAGAGUCGAAAAUUAAAAGAAUCAUGAAGUGUAAACAGCGUCAUAGCGAUAAAAACGAAUUAUUUUUCCUGUUUUAGAAAAGAUACGCUUUGCUUUACCUUCUAAAAUUUGAAGAAUUCGGAAGUUUUAACUAGAAUGACUUCCUUUGUAAAUAAAAUAACAUACUUCUCCAGGAAAGUUCAUCCCGCCCUGUCCUCCAUACAAGAAUCGCCGUCUCUUCUGUCGCCGACGGGAUCGGUGAGACUGUCUUCAGGCUGGCGUCGAAUAAGAAUGUUCAGGAAGUUCCUUCUUCUUCUGGCAUUCCUGUGAUGACGUUGCCUGUCGAGCCACGCCGGGUCGGCUCCGCCCAUCAGAUGUACGUGAAUUCGCAUGAUUGGUUCGUCUAACACGCAUCUCGCAUGCUCACUAAUUGUUCCCAUCUUUACCGCUUAGACUCGGAAAAUAGACGAAAAAUAAAUACAGUUCAAAUUUCUAAUUUGUUAUCUUCAGAAGAAAAAAGCGGAAAGCGGUUUUUUAAAUACUUUUUUUUUCAAAAUUGCUACUGCGAAAGUUUAAAGCUAAUACUAUUUCUAACUUUUCUCAAGUUUGCUGUAUGAUUAAGAAAGUUUUGAUUCAUUUUUUUAUGAACGCGAAAUCUAAGUAAAGUAAGGCUCAAAUCCUGAAUAGUAUCAAAAUCUUAUACAUUUUCAAAAAAAAAAUCUAGGGUUUAAUUUCUAUGAAAAGUUUCAAAUUGAAAAAAUUUUCGUUAGUCAAGAUUACUUUACGUCGUAUGGCUCAAGUUUUUCAACAUCACAUCAAAGUUUUGGUGGUUGUGAAGCAGCAAAGUGAGUCUGGUGUUGUUUGGCAGGUCUGAAUCGGGUCGGAAGCAGCAGCCGAGUCCACAGCAAGGAGUCGUCGUCGACCACGACGGCCGCCCUGUUCAAGGCCCCUACCGGACGAGGAUCAGCGUGAAAAGCGGCAGUCGCGGCAAGGAGACCGAGGUAUAGGUCGCGUGGUUGCUCCCUCCGUUGACGCAGUUGCCUUCGUUGCAUGUCGUGUGUUUUUCUGUUGUUUAUUCUGUUGGUCAGACUUUUGAAACGAAAGGAAACUUAAGGAAAGCUUUUAGGAUGAUCUGAAAUUUAGCUUUUUGAAGUGAAUGACUCAAAAAGUAUGUUUGUAGGCGCGAUGAUUUUGAUUUUUUUCAAAAGUAUGUAAUUAUGUUCGACUUUCUUUUUGUCGAUUCAUUUUUUUAGGAAUAAUUGCGACGUAGUUUUUUGUUUUGUCGUGUGCAGUGCCGUGCUCAUUCGAAACGCUAAUUCUUCCGGGUGUUUCCUAGAAUAGUUACUUUCAAACUUUCCGACUUCAACACGAAUUAACAGGUCGAAAAGUCAGACGUGAUCGUCGAAAGAUUCUGA